AUGAACCGCCUCUUCGGUGCCAAACAAACCGGGCCCAAGCCCACCCUCAACGGCGCGAUUUCCAACAUUGACACCCGCGUCGCCUCCAUCGACACCAAGCUCAAAGCCCUCAACGGCGAGCUCUCCGCCUACCAGGAGAAGCUCGCCAAGAUGCGCGAGGGGCCCGGCAAGCAGGCCAUCAAGCAAAAGGCCCUCAAGGUCCUGCAGAAGCGCAAGGCCUACGAGGCCGAGAAGGACAAGCUCGAGAGUCAGGUCUGGAACAUGGAGCAGGCGCAGAGCAUGCAGGACAACCUGAAGAACGUCAUGACCCAGGUGGACGCCAUGAAGACGACGAACAAGGAGCUGCGGAAACAGUACGGCAAGAUCGACAUUGACAAGAUUGAGCGGCUGCAGGAUGACAUGGCGGAUCUGAUGGACGUGGGCAACGACAUACAGGAGAGCCUGUCGAGGGGCUACGAUAUCCCCGAUGACGUGGACGAGACGGAGCUGGACGCCGAGCUCGAGGCGUUGGGUCUGGAGCAGGAGCUCGAGCAAGAGAUGGGUGGUGCGGUGCCUGGCUUCCUACAAGACGAAGUGGUGCCUGAAUUUGUGGACGAGCCACCGCAGGCAGAAGACAAGGUGAAGCAGGUAGCAGGCUGA